AUGGGUGUGCUAACAAUCGCCUUGCCGGUUCCGGUCAUUGUGUCAAAUUUCUCCAAUCUUUACUCACAUUCACAAGCUCGCCCACGAAGUGAAGCCGUCCGUGUUAAGUGUCAAGCAUCAGCACAACAAGCAUCGCAAGAAGUCAUCUACCGGGAAUUUAUCCAAUAUGACGCCACUGAACAAUUUUGGACGAAAUGGUGGCCCGAAUUGCGAUGGCGCACAUCGGAAGCUCAUUGGCUAGCGCUGAUGAAUACAAUUGGACUGGCUCAAUCAUCAAUAACGAAUACUUGCUUUCUUGUAAAAUUUUCACCUCUGUGCAAUUAA